CUGGUAAGAAGGCCCCGUGAUCAGGUCUAGCCAGUGGCGGCUCUGGCCAUCCUUGGAACUUAUAUAAAGGGACAAUUGGAGCCCGGGAGGCCACAGUGCUGACACUUACAGGGCUCGGAGCACAGGGCACCCCAACAUCAUGAGUUGGUCCUUGCACCCCCGGAAUUUAAUUCUCUACUUCUACAUUCUUUUCUUGCUCUCUUCAACAUGCUUGGCAUAUGUUGCUACCAGAGACAACUGCUGCAUCUUAGAUGAAAGAUUUGGUAGUUAUUGCCCAACCACAUGUGGAAUUGCAGAUUUCCUGUCUAACUACCAGAAUGAAAUAGACAAGGACCUAUACACUUUGGAAGACAUCUUAGGUCAAGUUGAAAACAGAACAUCAGAAGCCAAAGAACUGAUCAAAGCGAUCCAAGUCAACUAUAAUCCCGAUGACCCACCAAAACCAAAUAAGAUAGACAGUGCUACUAAGGAUUACAAGAAAAUGAUGGAAGAGAUUAUAAAAUAUGAAGCAUUGAUUAUAACACACGAAACAAAUAUUCGAUAUUUGCAGGAUAUAUAUAAUUCAAAUAAUCAAAAGAUCCUUAACCUGAAGCAGAAGGUAUCCCAGCUCGAAGGACAGUGUCAGGAACCUUGCAAAGACACAGUACAAAUACAGGAUACAACUGGGAAAGAUUGUCAAGAUAUUGCCAACAAGGGAGCCAAAGUGAGUGGGCUUUACUUUAUCAAACCUCUGACAGCUAAGCAGCAGUUCUUAGUCUACUGUGAAAUCGAUGCAUCUGGAAAUGGAUGGACUGUGCUUCAGAAGAGGCUUGAUGGCAGUGUGGACUUUAAGAAAAAUUGGAUUCAAUACAAAGAAGGAUUUGGACAUCUGUCUCCUACUGACACCACAGAAUUCUGGCUGGGAAAUGAGAAAAUUCAUUUGAUAAGCACACAGUCGGCCAUCCCAUAUGUGUUAAGAGUGCAGCUGGAAGACUGGCAAGGCAGAACCAGUACUGCAGACUAUGCCAUGUUCAAGGUGGGACCUGAAAGUGACAAAUACCGUCUAACAUACGCCUACUUCAUCAGUGGAGAUGCAGGGGAUGCCUUUGAUGGCUAUGAUUUUGGCGAUGAUCCUAGUGACAAGUUUUUCACAUCCCACAAUGGCAUGCAGUUCAGUACCUGGGACAAUGACAAUGAUAAAUUUGAAGGCAAUUGUGCUGAACAGGAUGGAUCUGGUUGGUGGAUGAACAAGUGUCACGCUGGCCACCUCAACGGGGUUUAUUACCAAGGUGGCACUUACUCAGCAUCAUCUACUCCUAAUGGUUAUGAUAAUGGCAUUAUUUGGGCCACUUGGAAAUCUCGUUGGUAUUCCAUGAAGAAGACCACCAUGAAGAUCAUCCCAUUUAACAGACUUGCCAUUGGAGAAGGGCAGCAGCACCACCUUGGGGGAGCUAAACAGGUCAGACCAGAGCACCACGUUGAAAUAGAAUAUGAUUAAGUCAUUUUGCCCUGAGAAUUAAAUGUACAUUUCUUUUAACCCACAAAGUUUCAGAAAGUUUUCUGAAAGUUUCUUCUCAUUUUCUUAUACCGUAUUUAUUAAUUUUAUCUUUUGUUAAGGACAUUUAGCUUUAAAUGGAAAUUAAAACUUACUUUGAACUGUAUUCCCAAAUUAGUGAACUCAGAGUUAUUUAAAAUGUGUUUAUCUGAUGAGAUAACAUUUUAGCAUAUUUCUUAGGUAUAUGUGAAA